AUGAUCGACAGUUCGCCUAACCAUCAACACCCUAGUAGUAAUAGUGGUAGUAGUAAUAAUUCAAAUAAUAACAACUCAACAAAUAAUAAUAAUAUAAAUAAUAGUCACUCAAACUUUUCAUAUAGUCAUAACCAAAAUAAUAAUAAUAUUAUACCUAAAAUUAGUAAUAGUAAAAGUUAUAAUAAUAUCAAUCAGACUAGAUUAAUUGUAGGUGGUAAAAUCAUGUCGGUUAAAUCGCCUACACUGUCUGCAUCGUCACAAUCAGAAUCUGACUUGCUUGGACAUUUGCGAAAAAGUGGAAGUGUCGGGGAAGAUGUCGACGCACUCUACCACAAUCAUAUAUCAGUGUCGAGUAGCAACAUGGCCAACCUGCGCAGCAACAGCACGUUGACAGCGUCGUCGAUGCGCAACACACCCGUGCCACUCCCCAAACCACCUUCCCUCAGCACGGCCACCUCGACACGACAACUCUUGCAACAGCAGCAGCAGCAACCACCAGCUCUCGAGAAACAUGGAAGCAACAGCAGCAAUGGAAGCAGCUCGACGACAACCACCGACGACGUGGACGAGAUACUAAACAAAGUGCUGAUCAUUGAGAGCAACAAUUUGCAACUACAACAACUACAACAAUUGGAAGAGAGUGUAGUGGUUGUACAACAUUUGCAGCCAUCAUCUGGCGCAGUCAAUGGAAAUGGAUUGAUCGUUCAAACUAACAAUAAUAAUAAUAAUAUUAAUAAUAAUACAAGUAGAAUGUCUACGACAUCAUCAAAAUUUCACACCCAGUUUGUCGUCAUCAGUGUCGUCGACGUCGUCGCUCGCCAUCAACGCUGCCGCGGCUGCCGGAAAUACUACCGACGCCGGGUCCGUGUCGGUCUUGCGCGCCGAGUUGUUCCACAGUCUGCAGCAGCAUCCACACGUGUCGGUCGACGACAUUGCAAUGACGACGAGCACGACCACCACGACCACCAUCACCACACCUAUACGCCACAACAGCAGCAGCGGCAACCUGGUCGCCACGUCCACCCCGCUGUCCGAGUGCGAGUCGGCCAGCAGCGCGCUCAACCUGCUCAUGGGGGUGCACAGUCCCAACGGCAGCGACGCGCUCAACAUGUCCUCGCUCUCGCCUAUUCUCAAGGCGCAUCACUUCAAAUCCAAAUCAGUCACUCGUGUUCCAGUCUGCCCAUCAAAGACACUCAAAGUAGCAGUAGUAAAUCACCAAUGGCCACAACCACACCGACAACGACACCGACAAAUUUGGCAAUUUCCACACCCACAGAGAUCAUGCAAUCUAAUAAUCACCAUCAUCAUCAUCACACCAACAACAAUUUGGAAAAAGAAUUGCUUGCAAGCAGUCUACCAACACUCAAUCAUAGUAGUCAUUAUAAUAAUAAUCAAAAUAAUAGUACACCAAACACUAGUGAAAUAUUGAAUAGUAGUAGUUUUAAUCUUUCUCAUAGCUACAGUGCAGGAUCCUACACACCGACGAUGCUCAAUACUAGUAUGAGUACUAGUCACAUUCCACAGCUAAACCAACAUUUCAAUAUCCAUCAUAGUCAUUCAAGCACCACACUACAGAAUAGUCAUAGUUCUCCUUCUCCUUCAUCACCAGCAACCAUUGCUGAUUUAUCAAGUAGUAGUGCAAGUCUAUCUUCCAGUCUAUCAAUAUCUACUUCAUCAACCACCUCAACCACUACAACGACAACAACAACAUCGACAACUCCAAAAUCUAGAAGAAGUAGUGUUGAUACUGCAACCAAAGAAUUUCAACAAUUAUUUAAAUCUCUUGUACCACUUGAUGAAAAAGUUUAUACUUAUUAUAGUUGUGGAUAUCAAGGAUCUGUAUUAAAAUAUGGUAAAUUAUAUUUAACUGAACAUUAUUUAUGUUUUUAUGAUAAUUUGGUUUUUGAUAAAACCAAACAGAGACAAAAAGUUAUAUCUUUUUCAUCGAUAAAAAGUAUAGAAAAGAAAUCUGGUUUAGCUCCAAAUGGAAUUUUAAUUAAAACUGAUGAAAGAGAUUACCGGUCGCCCGAAUGCCAAAAGAUUGCACAGAUCUUGAUCGAGCGCGGUGCCAAUGUCAACGAGCAAAACAAUAAUGGGGAGACCCCUCUUCACAAGGCGAUCUUUAAUAAUAGCGUCCGACUUUUGAUGGUCUAUGUACUGCUCAAAAACAACGCCAACGUCAACCUGGUCAAUAAAAAGGGUGAGAGUGCGUUGCAUUAUGCGGUGCGUCUCGGACGUAUCGACGUGCUCAAGACGUUGAUUACUGCUGGUGCCGACCCGACACUCAUCUCGACUGCCGAGAAAAAGACGCCGUUGAUGCUGGCCGAAGAACCCAGUUGUCUGGUACCAGAGAUCAUCGACCUGCUGCGUCGACUCGAGAUCAUCAUCAACUCGCUCGUCAUGUGUCAGUUGACACAGUUCCGUAUGGCGUUGAUACUCGAAGAGUUGUCGCAAGAGGGGUCGCUGUCGCGUAUGGAUGACAGUAUGAUGGUGCGUAUCGGUUGCUACGACGAAGACCAAAAGAAGUUACUCCUCUCACUCAAGCACAAGCGUAUUCCCAGCGGCACGACCAUGCCAGCCAUCACACCCGGUGCAAUCGACCUGCUCAAAGAACUCGAAAACAUGGACAUUAAAAACGGACGUUGGAUCAUCCCUCAACACGAACUCGAGUACACUGACAAGAUUGGCUCGGGUAUCUCUGGUAAAGUCCAGUUGCUGCGCGGUAUCUCCACGUUGCACCAGUCGUCGCCACAGAUUGUGCAUCGUGACGUCAAAUCACUCAAUUUCCUCGUGACACGGGACUGGCGCAUCAAAGUAGCCGAUUUCGGUCUGUCUCGGUUCAACACCAAGUCCAACCAGAUGACGCUCAACAAGACACGUGGUACAUCAGCCUAUUGUGCACCCGAAGUCUUCCAGGGUAAAGAGUACUCGGAAAAGUCAGAUGUCUAUUCACUCGGAGUCGUCUUUUGGGAGCUUGCCUUUGCUCUUGUCAACGGUCGCUACCUACAUCCUUAUGGUGAAUACAAGAAGCUCAAUGAGUUCCAGAUUAUGUUUCAACAAAACCAACAACAACAACAACAAUUCCAAAUAAUGUAUGACCAAACAUCAUUAAUUGAUACACAUGUACAUGUAUGGCAAAUUGCAAGAGGUGAUUAUGGAUGGUUAACACCUGCACUUGAAAGAUUGUAUAGAGACUAUUCAGUGUCUGAUUACAAGGCAGUCAAUAUGAACCAAUAUCACACUCAUCAUGUCGAUGGCAUUAUAUUGGUUAAUGCUGCACCUACAGAGCAAGAGACAGAGUAUCUUAUUGACGUUGCCAAAAAUGAACCUUUGGUCAGAGGAGUGGUGGGAUGGUGUGAUGUCAUGGGUGGAGAAAAGUCUGUUGCAUGGCUCAAACACAUUCGAUCUGCCAAACACCCCAGUCGUGAUGGUGACGGUUCUCAGGUGCUAUUGGGUGUACGACCAAUGCUCCAAGACAUUGCACAAGAUGAUUGGAUACUACAGAAAGAGGGUGCCCAAGUCUUGGAGUAUCUACAAGCCCAAGAGAUUGUAUUUGAAGCUUUAGUACAACCACGUCAUUUAAAACACCUCAAAACACUGGUUGAACGAUACCCACAUCUUAAAAUUGUAAUUGACCAUGCUGCCAAACCAACCAUCUCUGCCAACUCACCAGACUUUUCUCAGUGGAGUCUUGAUAUGCAAUGGUUUGGUGAGAAUGCCCCCAAUGUAGUAUGCAAGGUCUCUGGCAUGUACAACCAAUACAAACCAUCCUCAUCCUCCUCCCCUGCCUCUGCUACCCUUACCUCUCAAUUGUCGUCGUCACCUUCGUCAUCUCCUUCAUCUGCCGAUAGUGCCAAUCAGAUGAUUCUCACCUACAUCAAACAUCUUCUCCGUUGUUUCCCAUCCACCCGACUCUUGUGGGGCAGUGAUUUCCCUGUUCACACGUCUGAAGAGUAUCAGGAAUGGUUAGUCCUUACACAUCGAGCAUUCCAACAUCUCUCUCCCCAAGAACAACAAAAUAUCUAUUACGACAAUGCAAUUCGAUUCUACAAGUUAUCCAUUAGUCAUUAA